AUGCAGCUCACAGGGGCAGCGCUGCUGCUGUGCACUGCGGCGGCUGUGGCCGCGGCUCCAGGGCCCGCGGCGGGCCGGGCCGGGGCCGAGCGGCGAGCGAUGGCAGGCAAGGAGCGGCGAGCGCAGUUCGCCUCCUGGGACGAGGUGAACGUGAUCGCCCACGGGCUGCUGCAGCUCGGACACGGCCUGAAGGAGCAUGUGGACCGCACCAAGGGACAGAUGCGGGAGCUGGGCAGCCGCCUGAACGCACACAACAGCUCCAUGGGGCGGCUGCUGCGGCAGGCGCGGGAGGCGCAGGAGAGGGGCGAGCGGCUGCGGGACAGCGUGCGGGAGCUGGAGGGCCGCGGCCGGCAGCUCCUCAACCUCUCGGAGGCUCUGCGGCAGCGCCUGGAGGAGGUGGCGGCCGACAAAGCCGAGAUCCAGGGCCGGCUGGAGCAGCUGGAGGGCCGCGUUCGGCAGGCGCUGCAGGCGCGGCCGGGCGGCAACCAGAGCGCCAGGGACCUGGGAGCGCUGCAGUCCCUGAUGGAUGCACAGAACCUGCGGAUCGAGGAGCUCUUGCAGAAGAUCAAGCAGCAGCAGUACAAGCUGGACAAGCAGAAUCUGCAGAUCAAAAGCCUGCAGAGCAAGGUCAAUUUACUAAUCCCUUUACACCUGAAGGACAACAAAACACAGUCUCCCAAGUGGAAGAUAAACCUGAAGAGCCUCAGUCUCACCAACCAGAGCCAGAAUGCCAGUGGGGAGCCCAUGCUGACACAGAAGCUCCCAGAGGACUGCCACCAGCUCUUCCUGACUGGGCAGCACAGCAGUGGCAUUUUCCAGGUGCAGCCUGCAGGAUCUCAGCCCUUCAAAGUCUACUGUGACAUGACUGCAGAGGGGGGCUGGACAGUGAUCCAGAGGCGCACAGAUGGCUCUGUGGACUUUGACCAGCUGUGGGAUGCCUACAAGAAUGGCUUUGGAGACCUUCACGGUGACUUCUGGCUGGGUCUGGAGAAGAUGCAUCACCUUGUCCAAGAGGGGAGAUACAAUCUCCUGAUUGAGCUGGAAGACUGGGAGGGAAAUUCCCAGGUGGUUCAGUUUGUCUUCAGCCUUGGUGGUGAGAGCACAGCCUACACACUCAACCUGCUGGGACCUCUGUCUGGAGAGCUGGAAAACUCCAUUGGGGACUUCAGGCAGCUGCCCUUCUCCACUCGGGAUCGUGACCAUGACCUCAAAGCUGACACAAACUGUGCCAAGCACCUCUCAGGUGGCUGGUGGUUCAGCACCUGUGGCCAUGCCAACCUCAACGGGAAGUACUUCCGCUCCAUCCCGCGGCAGCGGCACGAGCGCAAGCAGGGCAUCUUCUGGAAGACAUGGAAGGGCAGGUACUACCCUCUGAAGUCCACCACCAUGAAAAUCCAACCUGCAGCGCUGGAAGCAGAGCCCUAA